AUGACAAAAGUGUAUACAAGAGAAGAUAGAGAACGAUAUGGAUUGAAAAUACCAAAAGGAUUUAAUGGAAUUGGUGAUGAAUGUUUUGAAGGAUGUAUGUUGAAAUCAAUUAAAAUCCCUACAAAUAUUACAUCAUUAGGAAAUAAAUGUUUUGCAUUAUGUUGGAUGUUAACGUCUAUUACUAUACCAACUUCUGUUAUUAAAAUAGGAAAUAGAUGUUUUGAAGUUUGUUCAUCAUUAAAAUCUAUUACUAUACCAACUUCUGUUAUUAAAAUAGGAAAUAGAUGUUUUAAAGGAUGUAAUUCAUUGACAUCAAUUGAAAUACCAUACUCAGUUCGUAAAAUAGGAAAUGAAUGUUUUAAUUUUUGUGAUGAAUUAAUGUCAAUUGAUAUUCCAUAUUCAGUUAGCGAAUUAGGAAGAAAUUGUUUUUGUUAUUGUGAAUCAUUAACAUCAAUUGAUAUUGGAAAUAUUCAAUUUAUUAGUGAGGAAAGAAUGUUUGUAGGGGAAGAAAAACUCGUUUGUAUUGAACUUGGUAAUUUGAAAAGAAUAAAUGGAAAAGAAAUAAGCGAAAGAGACAUUAAUGAAUUUGUUAUUCCUACAUCAAUUAGAAAAAUAGGAGAUGGAUGUUUUAAAGAAUGUUCGUCAUUAACAUCAAUUGAUAUACCAACAUUUGUUAGUAAAAUAGGAAGUGAAUGUUUUAGAUAUUGUUCAUCAUUAAAAUCAAUUAAUAUACCAUCAUCAAUUAGUGAAUUAGGAGAUUAUUGUUUUGAAUAUUGUUCAUCAUUAACAUCAAUUAAUAUACCAACAUCAGUUAAUGAAAUAGGAGAUUAUUGUUUUUCUGGAUGUUCAUCAUUAACAUCAAUUAAUAUUGGAAAUAUUCAAUUUAUUAGUCAGGAUAGAAUGUUUGUAGGAGAAGAAAAACUAGCAUCAAUUCCUAUUAAUAACUUAAAAAGAAUAAAUGGAAAAGAGAUAAGAGAAAGAGAUAUUAACGAAUUUAUUAUUCCUACAUCAAUUAGAAAAAUAGGAGAUGGAUGUUUUUCUGGAUGUCCAUCAUUAACAUCAAUUAAUAUACCAACAUUUGUUAGUAAAAUAGGAAGUGAAUGUUUUAGAUAUUGUUCAUCAUUAAAAUCAAUUAAUAUACCAUCAUCAAUUAGUGAAUUAGGAGAUUAUUGUUUUGAAUAUUGUUCAUCAUUAACAUCAAUUAAUAUACCAACAUCUGUUAGUAAAAUAGGAAAUAAAUGUUUUUAUGAGUGUGAAUCAUUACGAUCAUUUGAUACACUAACAAGAGUUAGCUCGCUUUGUAGUGUUCGGUGUAUCAAACAUGUUUUGAAAGAAUUAGGAGAAGAAUGUUUUUGUAGAUGUUCAUCAUUAACAUCAGUUGAUAUACCACCACUAAUUUCUAAAAUAGGAAAGUACUGUUUUAAUGAAUGUACAUCAUUAACAUCUGUUAAUAUACCAACUUCAGUUAAUGUAUUAGAAGAUAGAUGUUUUUAUGAAUGUAAAUCAUUAAAAUCAAUUAACAUACCAACAUCUGUUAGUGAAAUAGGGAAAAAAUGUUUUAGAUAUUGUUCAUCACUAAAAUCAAUUGAUAUACCAACAUCUGUUAAAGAAAUAGGAGAUAAAUGUUUUUGGGGAUGUUCAUCAUUAACAACAAUUAAUAUACCAUCAUCUGUUAGUAAAUUAGGAGAUUAUUGUUUUUAUGGAUGUGAGUCAUUGGUAUCAAUUAAUAUACCAUCAUCAGUUGAAUAUAUAGGAGAUGAAUGUUUUAGAGGAUGUAAAUGUGAAGAAGAACUAAAGAAGGAUAAGAGAAUAAGAAAAAUCUACAUCCAAAAAGGUGAAGAAAGUGAUUAUGAUGAUGACGGGUGUGUUGUUGUCUAA